AUUCUGCAAUGCUUCGUGUCGUAUAUAAAAGUUAAGAGAAAAGUCACAUUUGUAAAUGUGUGCUGUGCCAAUAAUGAAUCAGAACGACACAACCUCGCGCAUUGCGCACGUCUUCAGGGGAACAUUUGUGCACUCCACACCGCGGGUUGCGCUUGAAAUUCUUGGGGACUGCAUCUUAGGAGUCGACGAUGAGGGCAAGAUUGCAUUCAUUGAAAAAGAUGAAAAAGAUGUGGUCAGUCUUUCAAAAACGUGGGGGUUUGAAACUUCGGACAUAAAACAGCUCGGACAAUAUGAGUUUCUUAUGCCUGGAAUGGUUGAUACGCACAUCCAUGCAUCUCAGUAUAGCUAUACUGGAACUGCCUUAGACCUGCCUCUGCUGGAGUGGCUCAACACCUACACUUUCCCUGUGGAAGCCAAGUAUAAAGACUUGGAUUUUGCCAAUGAUGUCUACACUAAAGUUGUGAAAAGAACCUUAAAGAACGGCACCACUACAGCUUGCUAUUUUGCCACAAUACACACCGAUGCCUCUCUUCUGCUUGGAGAGCUUGCAGAUAAGUUCGGACAAAGAGCUUUAGUGGGUAAAGUUUGCAUGGACUGCAAUUCUGCAGUUCCACAAUACAAAGAAAGUCCAAGUGAAUGUAAAGAGGAGACAGAUCGACCUAAUCUAAACCCCAGUCUGAUCAGUGAACUUGAAGAUAUGAUUCUGCUUCCUCUUGUUUUUUGCAGUUUCAUCAAAGAGCUUCUUAAAAAGGAGUACCCAAAUAUUAAGCCUGUGGUCACUCCUCGAUUUGCUCCGUCCUGUUCCUCCUCACUGCUCAGUGAAUUGGGUGAGAUUGCCAAUAACAACAAGCUUCACAUUCAGAGUCACAUCAGUGAGAACAAAGAGGAAGUGGAGCUUGUGAAGACAUUGUUCCCAGGCUGCAAAUCCUACACUGAUGUUUACCUCAAGCACAACCUGCUUACAGAUAGGACUGUAAUGGCCCAUGGUUGUCACCUAACUGAUGAAGAACUGGAGAUCUUCCGUGACACCGGAUCUGCAAUCUCUCACUGUCCUAACAGUAACAUUUCGAUUUGCAGUGGGAUGCUAAAUGUGCGUAAUGUUUUGAACCACAAAGUGAAAUUGGGUUUAGGGACAGAUGUAGCAGGAGGCUAUUCCCCAUCCAUGCUAGAUGCCAUUCGAAGAACACUUGAUACGUCCAAAGCCCUGACCAUCCAGGACCCUCAGCAUGAGACUCUGACCUUUGAGGAGGUUUUCAGAUUGGCCACACUUGGAGGCAGUGAAGCCCUCUCGCUGGAUGAUCAGAUCGGAAACUUUGUGGUGGGGAAGGACUUUGAUGCCCUGCGAGUGAAUGUUUGCAUUCCUGAUGGACCGAUUGAUUUGUUUCCUGGUGAAGGCCCCAAGGUCAUUUUGGAGAAGUUUUUAAAUCUAGGUGAUGACCGUAAUAUUACUGAAGUCUACGUGGCUGGACGACAAGUGGUUCCAAUUCCAGAUACAUAGUUAAUAUCUUUUCCAGUUGUUUUUAUCAGAAAUAUAAUACAUCUACUCAGGACAAUUGUUGCUAAAGAUUCUAUUUAGAUUUUCUAAAGGAUGUAAUAGAUUUAUAUUAUUUAGUUAACAUAUUGUUAAUGUCUUUACUUAGCAAAUAUUAUUUAAAUUUUAUCCGUACAAUUUGAAGAUUUGACUUAUGCUUAAUGAAGAAUGCUUAAAUCAUUAUUGUUUAACUUUCUUUACAUUGUUGUCUUCUAUUUACUAGCUGUGUUGAUCAUGGAAAAAUGUGAAAAAUAUAUAUAUUUUAUAUAAAUCAAUGACAAGUUGACAAUAAAA